AGCCAUUUUGGCUCUAGCCAGGCUCCCCCCUCCUCCCUCCUCAUCCUCGCCCUCCCCUCCGCAGCAGCAGCACGAGCCCGCGAUGGUGCGCCAGCCCCUGGAGCUUCGCUGCCAGUCUCCGACUCCAAGCCUCCCCCCCUGGCGCUCCUUGCUGCUGCUCUUCGCCUCUGCGCUGGCGCUGUCGCUGGGCUUCGACCUCUGCAGGACCGGCCUCUGCAGGACCGGCGACCUCCCAAUCCUCACCAGCCUCAGCGGCGACGCGGCGCGAGGCUUGGCCGAGAUCGCGGUCCUUCUCCAGGUGGCCACGUGCGAGGGAAGCGCCUGGCAGGAGGCCCUGGCGGAGUGCGCGGGCAACGUUGCCGCGGCCGCGCUGGAGGUUGGCCGCAGCGCCUCGGUACAGGUGGCCGCGAGCCAGGAGUGCGCCGCUGCCUCCCGCGGCCUGGCGGACUCCCUCUUGGCCUCGAGGGUCCAGGUGGGCUUCCGCGCGGCCGAGGGCAGCUCCAGCGCCGAGCUUCUCGCGCUGCAGCUGAAGGAGGCCGAGGCGGCUGGCCUGGUGCUGAUCAUGGGCACGGACGCGGGGCCCGCGGUGCGGCACAGGACGACCCAGGCCCUCUGCGGCACCGUCCCGCAGGUGCACUCGGUGCUGCGCCAGUUCGACACGGACAGCAGCUUAGGUCUGCUGGCGCCGUUGGGCACCGUGGCGGACCACACGACGGAGACGAGCGACAUCAUGCCAUCUCUCAGACGCGCCCGCUUCGCGAACCAUACGACGUGCGCCAGCCUGUUCGGCCAGGAGCGCCUCUCCCGCAUGGGCAGGUACGCCCCCUCGCAUCAGUCCUCUGUGGCCGCGGUCGGCGGCAAUUACUGGACGCGGUUCACGGCGUUCCCCGCGCACGCCCCCGAGGUUAUCGCGGGAUUGAGGGCCACGUUUGGCAGCACGGGCGCCACCGCCAGGGAUGCGCAAUUGUCUCUGGUCGAGGUCUGGAUUCCGACCAUGGUGCGAGAAGGCGGCGCGAAGCUGGCUGAGAUCCCGCCGGCGCCGAAGCCCAUGGCCAUUUUUUUUCCCCAGUACCACCCCAUCCCCGAGAACGACAAGUUCUGGGGGACGAAUUUCACGGAGUGGACGCUGCUGAGGCCUUUCGAGGGACCGCAGAUCCGGAAGCCGCUCAGCGUCGAGAAAGGGGGGCUGGGGUACUACGACCUCCGCGACGUGGAGGUGCGGAGGAGGCAGGGGGAGUUGGCCAAGAGCUACGGCCUGCACGGGUUCGUGUACUACCACUAUUGGUUCAGCAGCGUAGAUGGCCACAAGGUCAUGUACAAGGUCCCGGAGCUCCGCAUCCAGGAUGGCCACCCUGACACACCCUUCAUGUUUAGUUGGGCGAACGAGGCAUGGAGCCGCCACUGGGAUGGAAACGAUACUCAAGACACGUUGAUGCUGGCUCAGACGUACGGUGAGCAGGAGGAGUGGACUGCGCAUUUCAACUACUUGGUGCAAUUUUUCAAGCAUCCGAAGUAUAUCCGGGUGGAGGGAAAGCCUGCGUUCGUCAUAUACCGUCCAGGGUUGAUGGAAGAGAAGUUGGAACCCAUGUUGGAGCUUUGGACACGGAUGGCUGUUGAAAACGGUUUACCAGGUUUGCAUAUCAUAGCCACGGUGGGAAGUUUCUACAGACUGCCCGCCGAGAGGCCAUGGGAGACCACUCCCAUGCUCAAUGCGGCAUUUCACUUUAUGACGUCGGACAUGUGUUGCCACGCUGGCGUCAAGCCUCACCCGCCUCCGGCGCCGCCCAACAAGCGGGCCGUGUCCACGGUGGAAGACUUCGGCGAGGUGGAGCAGGCCGUCCAGUACUGGGGAGCCUACGCAGGGUUCGAUAACCGCCCGCGCAAGCCCAAAGAGCGGAUCUUCCCUAAGCUCAAGGUUUCGCCGUCCGACUUCGCCCUCGGCGUGAAGUACUCGCUCGACGGGAUGGCGCACAACGGUGCAGCGAGAGAAGUAUGGGACAACCUGUAUUUUCUUGCUUCCUGGAACGAGUGGAACGAACAAAGCGUGCUGGAACCCGACGACACGUACGGGUUCGGCUUCCUGGAAGCAUUGCGCGAGCAGUUGCGCAGAGUUCCGUCGCGCGUGUAUGAGGGCCCUUAGGGUGGCCACGCCACGCGUUCAUGGACCAGGCUUAAGCUUGCCGCAUGCCGAUGUUGUCCAGCUGACGCGGUAGACAUACAUAGGGGGCACUCGGCAUUUGUUGUGCCCUGUCUCUGCCUCAGCCCCUCGAUGCAUCCCCCGAGCCCUGCGCAUUCAGGCCAGGGGCAACGCUGCGUGGGCGUGGCGCCGCGUGGCCCUCGCGGCGUCGCCUCGGGGGGGGGUACCUUUGUGGUGCCUCUCGCGGGUUUCUCGGGGCCCUCCCCCUUGGGGCGCAGACGCGCCCUUUUCCUCUACUCGGGUUUGGACAGAACCCCCACCCUGACAUGUCGAUUAGUUAAUUGUCCGUUUUCGGUUUUCGAGAGGGCGCCGCGACCUGUAGGGCCAUAGGGCCAUGGGGC